AUGUCGGCCUCUGGAACUUCUUCAGGUCACCCCAUUGCGACUCUCGAUACCUCCAUUAUCCCUCGCCUGCCAGCUUCCUCGCCGACCCUUUUCGAGGCCAAGAGAGUUAAGAAUCUUUCCUUCGAGACCAUCGCCAAUGCUCUCGGUCGUGAGGAAGUAGCUGUUGCAGCUCUCUUCUACGGUCAGGCCAAGGCCUCCCCCGAGGAUAUCAGAAACCUAGCCAAGCUCCUCGAGCUCGACGAGUCGUUGCUCGAAGCCCAACUCUCUGGCUACCCCGACCGUGGCCGCACGAUGGAAAUGCCUCCUAAGGAGCCCUUGGUCUACAGACUCUUCGAGAUCAUUCAGAACUAUGGCUAUGCAUACAAGGCUGUUCUCAACGAGAAGUUCGGGGACGGUAUCAUGAGCGCCAUCAGCUUUAGCACCAAGAUUGAGAAGGAAACCGAUGAGAAGGGUGACUGGGCUGUCAUUACCCUCAGAGGGAAAUGGCUGCCGUUCUCGAGAUUCUAA